AUGAUUCUCACCCUUGUCUUCAUUUUCGCUGUACUUGGCAUGGAAAUCAUUUUGGUGGACCGAGAACUGCCCUUAGACCAUCCGUACAACAUUGCGGCCCAAAACAAUUUUCGAACCCUGCUGGAUGCCUCUUUGAUCCUUCUCCAAUGUUUUUGCUGGGACAGUAUUGCCACUGUCUAUCGACCACUGGUGAAGCACAAGCUUUACCUCUUCCUGUACUUCAUGGGCGUUCAGCUUGUUUUGGCCAUCGCCCUGAUGAACUUGGUUACAGCUAUCAUGGUUGAAGGAUCGCUGGCACAGGCAGAUGAGGACAAAGAGGCCAAAAAGGCCUAUGCUAGCGCAAAGAGGAAGAAGCAAAUGGAAAGGCUGCGGGAUAUGUUCAACGAGCUGGAUGAGGAUGGCUCAGGUGAGCUGACCAUGGAAGAAAUUGACCACGCUCCACCAUCGAUCCGCGCCCAGUUGGUGGAGAUUGCCGGCACGGAGGAUAUUGGAUCCCUUUUCGAAAUGCUGGACUACGAUGGCAGUGGCACUGUUGGGACUGAUGAGUUUUGUGACGGUGUGAUCAAGGCAGCCAACGGUGUCACACCAGUGGAGAUGAGCCGACUGAUCAAGCAGAACACCGACAUUCUGCACAACAGCCGUCAAGUCAUCGCCUUGCUGAGGGGUGAAGAGUAUGAGGGCGGAAGCAUAUCCGGGUCUGCCAACGAGGAUGAGGCGCCCAAGCCACCCAAGCGGCGUCGAAGCAGUUUGGGCAAUCAGGAGGCUGUUGCCAAGUUGGCCUUGCAGAUGCAGCAGCAUGGGCUUCCUGGUCAGCCUCUUGGGCUUGACACGGAGGUGCACCAGGAUCAGCACAGUGGCGCUGCCAAAGCUCGGCUUAAAGGACUUGAGGAGCGUGUGAACGACAUGGAAAGGAACAUCACUUCCAUGAAAUCCGAUGUCCAAAACAUGGUGCUCGCCAUGAACAAGUUGAGCAACAUGAGCUUCGGCCCCACCAACCACAAGCACAUCAAGAGGGCAGUGGCACUCUGCGUUGGCCCUGCGGGCACACGCGCUGCUACCGCUGGACACAUCAGAUGA